AUGGGGUAUCCUCAUGGAUCGGCUGAAGUCGAAGAAGAUCAUAACGCCAACAUUUGCCGUUCGCAUUUCGCAAAGUGUCGGUAUGGAAGUAUGGGCGGAUUCUCUAGUGGAUUCUACACUUCACUGCUCUCAUUGGCACCUCGAUAUACCAGCACCAUGUCAGCGAUAUCGGUGUUUGUAGGAGUGCUGGCACGAUUGUCCACUCCUCCAUUGGUCGAAUUUAUUAUGAAAACGGGCACACUGGCGGAAUGGCAGAUUCUCUUUUGUAUUAUUGCUAUUUCUAACGUCUUCGCCGGAAUUAUAUUCGCCAUAUUCGGUUCAGGAGACGUCCAAGCUUGGGGUCUCGACGAUGAGCAAGAAAAGACGAAAGCUCCAGAGAAGCUGGACGAGCUCGCACUCAUCGAAAGCAAGAGGACCGAUUCUAUUUGUGUUGGAAUUUAA